AUGCGUCCGCUUCUCAGCUUCCAUGAUCACUUCUGGGGCCUCGACGACACUCCCCCCACCAGCGGCGUCGACCAGCUCUUCCACAUCUUCACCGCCCAUCUGUCCGAAUGCGAGCUCGCACUGCUCUCCUUCAAGCAGCGGGCCUUUGUCGAAGACCAAACCGCCCUGCGAUUCUCCGAACUGUCCCUCGGCAAGAUCUCGGUCCCCUCGGACGACUCAGCUGCCUCGUCCCUGUCCUCGAGCAUCGCCCUUGCCGGCGCCGGCCUUGCCUCCACCUUCUGGUCGGAUGAGCGCAGGUCUCCCAACCAAAAAGUCUCGCUCUCGGGCGACGGCUCGGCCUUUGGAAACACCAUUGCUCAGUACAAGGACCAGAUGAGUCGCCAGGCUGCCAUUCACGCCACGCACUGCCAGUCCAUUGCCCAUGGCGUCAUCACCCCGCUCUCCGAGUUCAUCGUCCGCUAUCGCAAGCUCAUCAACAUGAAGAAGAGCGAGGUUGACCAGGCUUACAAGGGCUUUCCCAAGCUCGUUCGCGAAGUCGAGAAGAAAAAGGCUGCCUUUUUCGAGAAGAUGAAGUUGGCCGAGGACGAGGAGACUCGCUCGCGCCAGGAUGCCGAGAUCAGAGACGCCCCGCAGUCCACCGACACAGGCGUAACCUUUGGCCAUCGCGGCGUCCCGUACUCCGAGCUGAUGGACAUGUUCAACCUUAUGAAGAAAGAAGUCAAAACCAGAGCCAUCUCGACUCCCUUUGGUAUCUUCGAAAACGGCUUUGUUGGCGAAGACGUCGUGGCCUUCCUCCGCGGAAGAUACCCUAGCGUCACGUCCCCGUUGCUGGUGGCGAUGGCCCAGGCGUACGUCAAUCGCCGCCUCAUCACGGCCGUUGUCGGCGGCUACGACGGAGCCUUCAACCCCGAGACCCUCUACGUUUUUGGCCGUCCUCUUCUCAAGAACGGCGACAGCCCCUACGUCAAAGCCAGAAAGGACGCCGAGUAUGCUCGCCAGGACUACCUCCGUUCGGUCCUCAAUGCCGAGCACAGCCGCUCCGCCCUCAACUUCCACAUCGAGGACUUUUUGAUCUUCAUCCAGCAAGCCGAGUCUGUGCGUAUCUCGAUCAUGAGCGACAGCUACAAGGCCCUCGAGACCGCCCAGCGCACUGCCCUCGAGGAACUCUCGCGUCUCUGGAACCCAGAGCCGCUACAGUGGGUCCUGCCUCUCCCUCAGCCCGACGAAGGCAUCGUCGCCAUCUGCGAGAAGUGGUCCACGGGGCCUGUCCGCCAGCCACCCUUUGUCUUUGAUCACUACGACGAGAACCGCGAGCCGAUCAGCAUGUUUGCCGCCACCAUCGACCGGCUGGCCCAAUUCACCAACCGAAACGUUCCUGUGCUGAUUCGCCAGUCAGUCCAGGUCCUGCAUGAGGCCUUCCAGGCUGCCCGGGGCUCUGUUGACAUCUGGUUGACGCCGAACCCCGAGAUGCCCUCGGUCCAACUCCUCCGGAUCGAGUUUGGCCGCGGCAUCCGUGGCAAGAAGAUCACUCUGGACAAGAUGCGGCGCCAAUCUCCCGCCGUCGUCGCAUGUUUGCUCAAAAUGUUCCUGACCGAGUCGACCUCCGGUAUCAUCUCCCCUACCUACUACGAGGAAGUGGCGGACCUGUACCGCGCCAAGGAUGACUUCAACCUCACCGAGCUCGCCGAUGAAAACGGCCGCAUCGAGAGGCUCAAGGCCAUCUUCAACAGUGUUUCGGCGCCCAUCCACGACACUGUCCGCCUCCUGAGCGCGUACUUGCACUGCAUCACCCGAGGCCUCCCCUCCAACGACCAGCGCUUUGUUGCCCUCUCCCGCACUCUGGCCUACUGCUUCCUCCGGCCCGAGCACACCACGACCGAGAAUGCCAACGACCCCUACGCCUGGAAGCUCGUUAAUGACCUGAUUCGCAACUGCCCCGCCAUCUUCGACCCCGAGAUUAAUCUGUCGAGUCUCCUCGAGCAGGACCAGGUCGUAUACAGCGAGGACGACGAGGACGAGGAGCUGGACGACAACUUUGACAUUCUCGACUCGUCCGAGUACCAGUACAACGGAAGCACCGCCGACGGCAUGUCCUCUGCCGGCUCGCUGCCCCGAACGGCUGGCUCCAUGACCGAUGGGUGGUUGAACGACCGGUCGGCAACCUCCUCGCCUGUCCUGACCAGUUCCAACUCGUGGUUCAACUGGAACUCCUCCCAAGCAAACGAGCCCGACUCGUGGGAAAAGCAAGGACUCGCUGGCCGUGACGACGACCUCGCUCUCAACCCCCGCAUUCCACUUUUGCGCCCCGCGCAUCGCAAGCGCAACUCCAUUGCCGACAUGGCGUUUGCGGCCACCACGGCGCUCUUCAGCCAGCUGCCUGGCUCGAGCCCGCUCUCUGGCUCGCCCAUCAACGAUACCAGCAUUUCCACUGCUGCCCGUGCCGCGAUGCCCCAGAUCAACAAGGACGUACCCAUCCUGCCGGAUCCCUUCAGUCCCGGCUCGACCUUCCCAGGCAUCCGGCGGUCGUCGCUGCAUGACCUCAAGAUCAAGGAGGGCCGUGCGCCGUCCAUCACGGAUAUGCGUGGCAAGGCCCAGGCUGUGCUCUCGGGCUCCAUCAAGCCGUACGGUGAGACUCUCAGCCACUCUCCCUUGAGCAACAGCCCUCCACUCGAGAAGCUCGAGGCUUAG